AUGAGUGACUACAGUGAGAAGACAUGCCCAUUGUGUGCAGAGGAGAUGGAUCCCACUGACCAGCAAUUGAAGCCUUGCAAAUGUGGCUAUCAGAUUUGUGUUUGGUGCUGGAAUCACAUAAUGGACAUGGCAGAGAAAGAUGAAACUGAAGGGCGUUGUCCAGCUUGCCGCACUCCAUAUGACAAAGAAAAAGUUGUUGCGAUGAGUGUUGAUCACGAGAGACUGACCUUUGAGGGCAACAUGGAUCGCAAAAAGACACAAAAGUCAAAACUGAAACCUUCUGAAGCGAGAAAGCAACUAACCAGUGUUCGAGUGGUUCGAAGAAAUCUUGUUUACAUUGUUGGGUUGCCCCUUAAUGUGGCAGAUGAAGAUCUUCUCCAGCGUAAAGAAUAUUUUGGUCAGUAUGGAAAGGUUUCAAAGGUUUCCAUGUCCCGAACAGCAACGGGUCUCAUCCAACAGUUCCCUAACAACACAUGCAGUGUAUAUAUUACUUAUGCUAAAGAGGAAGAGGCUGUUCGAUGCAUUCAGUCUGUUCAUGGCUUUAUCUUGGAUGGUAAAGCACUGAAGGCAUGUUUUGGGACAACCAAGUAUUGUCAUGCAUGGUUAAGAAAUGCGGCAUGCAACAAUCCUGACUGCCUCUAUUUGCAUGAGGUUGGCUCUCAAGAGGAUAGUUUUACAAAAGAUGAGAUUAUAUCUGCCUAUACAAGAGUACAGCAAAUCACUGGAGCAACAAACACUAUGCAAUACCGUUCAGGUAGUAUGCUACCUCCACCGUUGGAUGCUUAUUGCAGCGACAGCUCCACUGCAAAGCCAAUCGCAAAAGUUUCUUCUACUACGGCAGCUAGUGCUCCCAAGGGUUAUCCGCCUAGUGGGAGCUCUGGUAGAUCAACGGCUCUUCCUGCUGCAGCAUCAUGGGGGACACGUGUAACAAAUCAGCAUUCUUUAGCAACUUCAGCUACCUCAAAUGGGUCCUUGGAUAAUCAAAGUUCAACUUCAGAGAAUGGAACUUUGGCUGAAAAAAGCAAACCUGUUAUGUUCAAGCCUUUGCAGAAUAAGAUCGUGGUUGAUCCAGGGUCAAAGAGAACUGCAUCACCUAAUAGAGAUUCUAGUAGUAAUCAGAUAUCCUGUCUAGUAGAAUCUUCCUACGAUAGCAGAGUCAUGGAUAAGCCUUCAGUUGUUGAGAAUUCUUUUGAUCACACAAACGAAAUUGUUGAAGAUGUCCCCAAUGUCAGUAACUUGUCGGCUGAGGUUGCGUGGAUGGGUAUAACAACAAAUGAUAGGGAUGAAGACCGUGGUGUUUCAGUGGCUAUUGAUACUAAUUGUGAUCAAGGUUCUAUUAGACAACCUGGUAACAAUGUACCAAAUCUUGAGCAAUGUAUAAAACAACUUCCUAUAAAUGCUGAUGCAGAAGCUGACAUAGCACAGAAUGGGACUCCUGGUUCAAGGCCAGAGUGGGAUUGGAGAUCAGGUUUGCAAUCCCAGAUGCAAGUUAACUCAACUUUGGACGCGGAUGAUUUAUCAUCAUUAAAUAGCAAUAGGCGUGAUGUUGCAGAGGGUGUUAGCCACUCGAGUUGUAGAUUUAGUUCACCAAGCUCUAUCCUGGAUUCAAAUCAUCUGGCUUCUCGUUCUUUUCAGACUAGGGAAACUUCUCGGGGGCCUGAUUCAACUACUGGGUCCUCUGAAAUAGGUAGCGAUAGAUUGCAUUUUCCAAAUGGAUUUUCUGAGAACUCUAUAUCCAAUAUGGAGAAUUCUCUAUUUGCUAAUGAAGGCAGGAAUAACAUGAAGAAAUCAGAGGAUGAUAUAAUUUCAAACAUUUUGGACUUUGAUCCUUGGGAUGAAUCCUUGACUUCGUCACACAAUUUUGCGAAAUUACUUGGCCAGAGUGAUCAUAGUUCCAGUACUCUGGAACAUUCUAACCUCCUUAAGCAACACAAUGAUCAGUCCAGAUUUUCUUUUGCUUGGCAUGAAGAAUCAAAUAAUCAAGCGUAUGACAAUAAGUCGUACAGCAUAUAUAGCCAGUUGUCAAGAGAACAGCCUAUUCAGGAGUUUGGAGUGAGCCGGGACAUGUAUCAUGAUAAGUUUGGUAGUCAAAAUGGUUUUGCUUCAAAUUACUCUGGUGGAUAUGAACAAUUUGCUACUAGUCCUGGAUUUUCUUCUUACAAGAGUCCUGUGGUGAGAUCCCAAGUUUCUGCUCCUCCUGGAUUUUCUGCUCCCAGCAAGUUACCUCCCCCUGGUUUCUCUUCACAUGAAAGAGCUAACCUGUCUUCGGAUAUUGCAUCAGGAAAUCGUUUGCUUGAUUCUACCUCCUUGUUGAGGAACACAUAUCAUGUACCACCUUCAAGUAGGAAUCUGAAUGCUGCAGGAGACAUUGAGUUAAUUGAUCCUGCUAUUUUGGCUGUUGGAAGAGGAAGAAUUCACAAUGGGAUGGAAACUGAAGACUUCGAUAUGAGACCAGGUUUAUCUUCUCAGUUGAAUUCCUACGAGAACGAGGCAAGACUUCAAUUAUUGGCACAGAGGUCUCUGGCUGCACAACAAGUCAAUGGGUUUCAUGAUCCCCGGAACGUUAACAACUUCUCUCCUUCACUCUCCGAUCUGUAUGGGAUUAGUUCAAGGCAAAUGGAUCAAACACAGGGGAAUAGCUUAUCUCCUUUUACACAGCUGCCUAUACAAGCUUCACCAAGUCCAUUGUUGUCAAAUGGACACUGGGAUAAGUGGAAUGAAACCCAAAGUGGUAACACUCUUGGGAUCACCCAGCUUCUAAGGAAUGAACGGAUGGGAUUUAAUGACAAUGUCUACAGCCGUUUUGAAGAACCUAAAUUGCGGAGGCCUGGUCCUGGAGAUCCAUACAACAGAACAUAUGGGAUGUGA